AUGCCUUCGCUGGAACCAAUUCAGCCCAGAACCCAGCCUAUCGAUUCAGGCUCCGAGGACGAAGCGGACCCUGAACUGGUGGAGCUGCUUCGCCAACAUUACGGGCUGAGCGGUAAGCCGAACAAAGGUGCCCCGCCAGAGACGAAAGUGCUGGAGAAUGCUCAGUAUGUCUUUGAUAAUGCCAUUGAUGUGGCCCUCAGCUUGACCCACACCAAAGAUGCAGCUGAGACGAUAUGGCGUAUGAUGCAGAAGAAAGCAUACUCUACGCAGACUUGGUCAGAGCAUGAGCUGCACCCACAGGCUAAGGAUGAGAGUACUGUAGAUUUCAUCUUCACAAUGGAUCUGUUGAAUUUCAGUUUUUGGUCUGAGCACAAGGAUGAGGAACGCUUUGCGAUCGAGUAUCGUGGGCAGAAGUGGACUGGAUAUUGGAGCUUGGUUGCUGCACUUCAAAGAGCGCUUGAUGAAGGUAUUCCUAUCACCACUCCCGACUUCUGGGUGAACGAGUCAGAAUGUACAGAGGAAGUUCUCCGACAUGUCUUCCGGUCUGCAACGGAUGAGGAGAUUCCUCUCUUUCAAGAGCGAGUGCAGUGCUUGCGCGAGGCUGGUGAUGUCCUGUGUAACGAAUUUGGAGGCAGCUUUGCAAACUGCAUUGAUAGCGCCAACUUCUCCGCCGCAGGCCUUGUGAACUUGAUCACGGAGAGUUUCGACUGUUUCCGCGAUGAGACAGUCUUCCACGGCAAACGGGUGCGCCUGUACAAGCGAGCCCAGAUUUUGGUCGCGGACCUUUGGGCCUGCUUCAAUGGCGAGGAUUUCGGAGAGUUUAACGACAUUGACAAGAUCACCAUGUUUGCAGAUGCUGCACCAACUUGGAUGUCUCCGCUACUCCCCCCAUUGGAAAACCAUAUUCGUAGCCUGAAGCCAUUGACGCCAGGCUCGACAUGGGAAGUUGAGCUUCGUGGAACCAGUAUCUGGUGUGUGGAGCUGAUCAAGCGUGAGAUUGAGAAGCGGCAUCCGGAGGUCAAGGCCGCUGGCAAGUCUGACAAGACCGAUGACAUUGAGAAUGAGACCCCCGAAACGAUAACUGAAAUCGAUGAGAAGCCACACAGAACCUACGGAAUCAAUGCGAUCCUCAUUGACUUCUUCCUGUACGAUACGAUGAAGAAUCUGGAGGCAGAGCACAACGAGGGUAUUCCUCACCAUCGGACACGGAGCAUUUGGUAUUAA